AUGGGCGAUCAUAAAGCUGUAACUGCAUGCAAACUGAAUUUCAGGGAACUCUGGCCAAAUCACCGAAAUAAAAAAAAGCCUGAAAUAUCAACAGAUGAUACGACAAUUACGUUAUCAGAUAAAAAAUUAAAAAGAAAAAGCGUCAGCUUAUCGGGUAGUGAACGAUUAAAGCUAAGUUGUGAACGUUUGAAAGGUUUUUUUUCACAGUCUAAAAAUUAUUUCGACGAAGUGGAAUUACGAAAGAAGGGAUUAACAAAUAAUGAAAUUAACAAACGGAAAAUGUCAUCGAUCGGUGGUCAAACGAAAAGAUCAAAAGAAAGAAUUCAACGUGGAUCAUAUUAUGGCGUAAAUAAUCUAGAUCCGUCUGCUGAAAACUACAUCACCGAUGCUGAAAUCAAUACCCGUGGUUAUGUGGAUCGAAAUGGUCAAAUUCACUAUUCAAUUCCCAUUUUCCCGAAAGCAACGGAAUCGAAGUAUAUCGCAAAAAAAACUGGACAUGUUUUUAUAAGCAGCGAAAACAGUGAACGAUCCAUUCAUAGUUAUACAUCAAAUAGUAAAAGCGAAUUAGGCGAUGAAAAAGGGAGUAUUUUGGGAGUUAUCACAUGCUCAGUUGGUGAUAGCACUGAUAGAGGGAAAUUAGAUUAUAAGGUGUGCGACAACGGCCGUAUCUACGAGUUGAAAUGCUCAAAUGGUCCUUCAAUGGUGCUUAGUUUUAGCAAAAAGAAUGCGGCAUUGGUGACAAAUUGGUAUAAAAAUGACAACUUAUCACUUUCCUAA